AUGUCUCCCCUCGCAAAACUCUAUCUCAUUGCGUGCUGGUCCUACAUCAUCUCCUUCAACGUUACCUUCACCCUUGUCAACCUGGACCUGCAUGAAAGGGGGGAUCAGUUUGCUCGAGCAGCAAAGGUUCAGGGACUCAAGAGUCGGGCGGCUUUCAAGCUGUUGCAGAUCAAUGAGCGGUACAGACUUUUUAAGCCUGGGAUGACUGUGGUGGACUUGGGGUUUGCGCCGGGAAGUUGGAGUCAGGUCGCCAUCGACUUAACGAAACCUCGUGGCCGAGUUCUAGGUGUUGACCUCCUGCCCGUCCAACCCCCAAAGGGCGUGUCAACAAUCCAAGGCGACUUCCUGUCCCCGGACAUUCAAGCCGAGAUAAAGUCCUUUCUCCGAAACCCUGAUCGGGGCCGUCUACGACGCACACUCAUGCUAGGCUCUUCCGAGACUUCAGAGACCGGAUUGGAGCAGGCGCUGCUCGAGGAUGAGGCAACAGGGUAUCUCGAUCGGGAGAGUCACGAGACGACAAUCGAGGAAGAGCAGGAUCGAGAACAUGUUGACAAAUGCGUCGACGUGGUAUUGAGCGACAUGUCUGAACCCUGGGACCCUCUUGAAGGGCUUUACAAGAAGAGCAUCAGUAACCCGUAUCGCAGGUUGAUGAAUACGAGUGGAAAUGCCUUCCGCGAUCAUGCCGGGAGUAUGGAUCUCUGCAGAGCAGCGCUGCGAUUCAGCUACGACACGCUCAAAGUCGGGGGACACUUUGUGUGCAAAUUCUACCAGGGGGCCGAAGACAAGGCUUUGGAGAGGAGCCUGAAAGCCAUGUUCCACAAGGUUCACCGCGAAAAGCCUGAGAGUUCGAGGAGUGAAUCCCGCGAGGCCUAUUUCGUGGGCAUCAAGCGAUUGGCCAAGGUGGAUCGGGAUGCGGUGUUUACCGAGCCCUGA